AUGUGUCAAGGUGUAUGUGUCAAGGUGUAUGUGUCAAGGUGUAUGUGUCAAGGUGUAUGUGUCAAGGUGUAUGUGUCAAGGGGAGUAUGUGUCAAGGUGUAUGUGUCAAGGUGUAUGUGUCAAGGUGUAUGUGUCAAGGUGUAUGUGUCAGAGGGUAUGUGUCAAGGUGUAUGUGUCAAGGUGGAGAAAACCGACGUCGCAAGGGAGAAAACCGACGCCGCAAGGGAGGAAACCGACGCCGCUAGGGAGAAAACCGACGCCGCAAGGGAGAAAACCGACGCCGCAAGGGAGAAAACCGACGCAGCAAGGGAGAAAACCGACGCCGCAAGGGAGAAAACCGACGCCGCAAGGGAGAAAACCGACGCCGCAAGGGAGAAAACCGACGCCGCAAGGGAGGAAACCGACGCCGCAAGGGAGAAAACCGACGCCGCAAGGGAGAAAACCGACGCCGCAAGGGAGAAAACCGACGCCGCAAGGGAGGAAACCGACGCCGCUAGGGAGAAAACCGACGUCGCAAGGGAGAAAACCGACGCCGCAAGGGAGGAAACCGACGCCGCUAGGGAGAAAACCGACGUCGCAAGGGAGAAAACCGACGUCGCAAGGGAGAAAACCGACGUCGCAAGGGAGAAAACCAACGCCGCAAGGGAGAAAACCGACGCCGCAAGGGAGAAAACCGACGCCGCAAGGGAGAAAACCGACGCCGCAAGGGAGAAAACCGACGCCGAAAGGGAGAAAACCGACGUCGCAAGGGAGAAAACCGACGUCGCAAGGGAGAAAACCGACGCCGCAAGGGAGAAAACCGACGCCGAAAGGGAGAAAACCGACGCCGCUAGGGAGAAAACCAACGCCGCAAGGGAGAAAACCGACGCCGCAAGGGAGAAAACCGACGCCGCAAGGGAGAAAACCGACGCCGCAAGGGAGAAAACCGACGCCGCAAGGGAGAAAACCGACGCCGCAAGGGAGAAAACCGACGCCGCAAGGGAGAAACCCGACGCCGCAAGGGAGAGAAAACCGACGCCGCAAGGGAGAAAACCGACGCCGCUAGGGAGAAAACCAACGCCGCAAGGGAGAAAACCGACGCCGCAAGGGAGAAAACCGACGCCGCAAGGGAGAAAACCGACACCGCAAGGGAGAAAACCGAUGCCGCAAGGGAGAAAAAUGGCGACAAGAUAUAAAAUAACGCACUUCUAUUUCUCUAAUUAA